UGUCAGGUAAGCAUGAAAUAUAUACAAUAAGAAUAUUUUAGUUGCGGCUCUUGUGACUCGGGCCAUUACCGUUAGAUGGCAUUUGGUUUUUUUUUAGAGUUCUUGCUAGUUUGACUGGCGUCUUUAUAAACAAAAAGGUAGAAAGUUCUUAGCGCGUGUACUGGUUGUGUGAUCAUUUAAGUAUAUAGAUUUAGUUGCAUUGUUUAAUUUAUAUAAACAAUUAGAUAUUGUUCUUUUAUAAGAGAACCGGCGAUCGUUAACGAAAUGAGCUAGCUAGGAAAUAAAUCCGACUUUUAGAGUGGAGUAGAUUUAUUAAACCGUUUAUAACUGCAGUAUACUGUUGUAAGAAUAUGAAGAAAAAAGCACACAAGACAAGACGUCAAAUUCAGGCCGCAAAAGCACUGAUUGCAAAAAAGAGAGUUGAUGAUGCAAACGCUCUUGUAGAUCCACUUGCAACAUUACAAUCUUUUCAUAGCUAUGUGGCAAAGGACAACAGCAGGAUAGAAAUUGUAUGUAAAAGGAUUAAAGACAUACCUCCUGAAAUAUUGUCAUGGAUCUUUGAUUUGAUGGAGCGUAAUAUGAAACAACUGUAUAAACAAUCGAGCUGGGGAUGGGACUCAACGACAAAACAAAAUGAAAUGACAGAACCUGCAGCAUGGUACUUAAUAGCAUCGUGUGAAGGAGAGCAUAUAGGAUUUUCACACUUCAGAUUCGAUAUGGAUAAUGGAUUGGAAGUGUUAUAUUGCUACGAGUUGCAACUUGAACCAUCUGCCAGGCGUAAAGGACUCGGUCGUUUUAUAAUGCAGGCAUUAGAGUCAAUGGCUUUUCAAACUUUAAUGCAGAAAGUUAUGUUAACUGUGUUCAAGCACAAUGCACUAGCCAUACCAUUCUUCCAUGCUCUUGGAUACAAAUUGGAUAACACCAGUCCACCAGUGGCGGAAAAUCUGGGCUACGUUAUCCUCAGCAAGCAAAAUUUAUGCCGAGGGCCGGUCGACUGAGAGACCAUGUUCAGUAUUUUUAUAACUUCUACUGGGCCAAUUCUAUAAAUUGUGUUUCAACGAUGCUGAUUUCAGUAUAAUUUAAAAAUUCGAAUGGUCGAUAUAUUGCAGUUAGACCAGAUUUUAUAAUUGAUCUCUUCAAUCUGUGUACAGCAAAUCUGAUGUGUCAUAGCAAUGCAACCUAAACUUAGUUUAUGCAAAUGACAUGUUACUACGGAUGUUAACUCUUUCGCUCCUAACGUCAGCUUUGACCGGCGUCCAUGCGAUGACUUGUAGAUACUAAUAACACUAGCUUUAGCAGGCAUAACUCAUUUUGGUAAUAACUUCACUUCUAGCGUACUUCAUAAUCGAUAUUCAGUCGACGCUCCCGUAGGGCAGGGAUUAAAAGAGGAGAUGAAACAAAUGAUAAUAGCAUAUAAGAACAUGAAAGAGUGCCGCGCUAGAGAAAUUUACAGAAAAUACAUAGAAUAUUCAAAAAAUGAGAAAGAAAAAGCAGUAAUAGGGAACAGCAUUGAAACAGUGAGAGAAACGAGGAAAUGAAAUGAUCCAUGUUUUAGUGCAUAAAUUUAUGAGAAUAUGAGAUAGAAAAGCAAAAAUAAGCAAAGGGUGAGGACAUUCUGAAUGAUAAUGAAGCAGAUUGGUAAAUUGAGACUAAAAAGGAUAGGCGAAACGGAGAAACGGGCAUAAAAUCUAUAGGAGAGAAAUAAUUUAGAACAAGGAUAAUAGAAUAAGUGAAAGAAUAACAUAAGGUUAAUAGAAAAUUCCUUGUAAUGCCGAAAGAUGGAACAAUAAAAUUAUUUAUACACAUCAA